UGAGACUCUUUGUAAAAGCAUAUAUAUCUUUCUCUCUCCGUCUGGGGAGGGUUCGUUAGGUUGUCCAUUGAUCUGUAUUCUCCUUAUAUACUUAACAUUUCGUAGGGUUGAAGAAGGGCUUUUUGUUACUCUUUUGAUCCACAACCGAUUCUCGAUAUGGGCGGCGAUGGAGGCAGUAGUAUGGCUGAUGGGAACGAAUCGAAGGGAGCUACCGCUGAUGUUACUGUCAAUAUACGGAGCUCCAAUGGCUCACGAUUCUCCGUUCGGAUCAGCCUAGAUUCAGACGUUCGAUCUUUCAAGUCUGUUAUUUCCCAGAAUUCUGACAUACCAGCUGACCAACAGCGCCUGAUUUACAAAGGACGGAUCCUUAAGGACGACCAAACCCUAGAAAGCUAUGGUCUGGAGGCUGAACACACCAUACAUCUAGUUCGUGGUUCUGCACCUGUUGCAUCACCCAACAGUGCUCCAGUUAACACUGGACCUCCUAAUUCAACUCCCACUCCCAGGUCUGCUGGUCCCACAGAAGUUGGGCCACUUGGCGGUCCUGGUUUAGGGGCUUCCAUGUUUCCUGGACUUGGAUUGAAUGGCGCUGCUGGUGGUGGUGCUGCUGGAUUAUUUGGAGCUGGGGUUCCAGGUUUUGAACAAAUGCAACAACAGUUGACACAAAACCCUAAUCUCAUGAGAGACAUAAUGAACAUGCCAGCUGUACAGAAUAUGAUGAAUAAUCCAGAUAUCAUGCGCAAUCUGAUAAUGAACAAUCCUCAGAUGCGAGAAAUCAUGGACCGUAAUCCUGAACUUGCUCAUGUACUGAAUGACCCUGCUACUCUUCAUCAGACGAUGGAAGCUGUCAGAAACCCUGAACUCAUGCGCGAGAUGAUGCGCAAUACUGACAGAGCAAUGAGUAACAUUGAAUCUUCUCCCGAGGGAUUCAAUAUGCUGAGGCGUAUGUACGAAAAUGUUCAAGAGCCUUUCCUCAAUGCAACAACAAUGGGAGGGAAUACCGGAAAUGACCAAGGAUCUAAUCCCUUUGCUGCUCUUCUGGGAACAACGGGUGGGCCCUUGGGGCAAGGCAGGAAUCAGACAACAAAUGCUGGUUCCGAAACCACUGGCGAUCCUCCUGCUCCCAAUGUUAAUCCCCUUCCUAACCCAUGGGCUGCUGGGCCAACUGGAGGUGCACAAAGAAAUGCUGCUGCAAGGUCAGAGUCUGGUGGAGAUACUACGAUCCCACCAGCAAUUGCUGGACUAGGUGGACUUGGCCUCCCUCAAUUUGGCCAAAUGUUUGGUUCUACGCCUGAUGCUGCUUCUAUGAAUCAGCUUAUGCAAAAUCCAGCUGUAUCACAACUGAUGCAAAGUCUCCUCUCUAAUCCCGAGUACAUGAAUCAGAUGCUUGGUCUUAAUCCCCAGUUGCGGACUCUUCUGGAUUCCAAUACCCAACUUAGAGAAAUGAUGCAAAACCCUGAAUUUAUUCAACAAUUGACUUCCCCUGAGACAAUGCAGCAACUCCUAAGUUUUCAGCAAAACAUUCUGCCUCAGCUUGGUGCGCAGCAACCAAAUCGGCAACCUGGUCAAGCUGGUAGUGGACCAGGCCUGGAUAUGUUGAUGAACAUGUUUUCGACUCUUGGAACUGGAACCCAGGCACCAGGUUCUAAUAGACCUAGCGUGCCCCCAGAAGAACUAUAUGUGACUCAACUAUCCCAGCUGCAAGAAAUGGGUUUCUUCGACACCCAAGAGAACAUCCGAGCCCUUGUUGCCACAUCUGGGAAUGUUCAUGCUGCGGUGGAGCGACUUCUGGGUAGUUUUGGACAGUAAGAUGAGGAGGCGUCGGCUCUCUCUCCUGCCUGGUAAGUAGGUUGUGGAUGGAAAAACAAAAAUAGAAAGAAAAUGUCUUCUAUGAAUAACCUUGAAAAAGUUGGUCUGAAUGAUAGAUAGUUUUUUAUGAUACCAUUUCAAUGGAUUGUUGGAAAAGAGGGAUAAAAGGAGAAGAGGAUAAGAUAUCUUAUAAAGUGGUUUGUGAUGUGUACAUACACUAAUGUGGUUGAUUGGUUGGUUAUCUUUUUAGUUUAUUUGUGAUGAAUAUGCUAUUAUGAUUAUUAU